AUGUACUCUACUCUACUUCUCAAUGAAUGGGGAGACUGCCUUCGUAGCGAAGGAGCCGAAGAGAGCAAAGGAGCUGAAGAAAGCAAACAGAGAGGGCAAGACAUCACUGACAAUAAUGGAGAACACUGGAGGCGACCUAUUGACCAACAUCUCAAUGUGUCGAUAAGGAUUGUGAAGCUGUGGAUUAAGGCGGUUGAUAAUUCACAAAAUUUUUUGGUAAGAGAUCAAUCACGCUAUGAUGUAAACAAAAGGAUUUUAAAUGCCUGCAAAAGCACCUAUCGGAAAUAUUUUUUUACAGGCCUGCACAUUUUUGUCUUGCAGGCCGGUUAUUUGACGCAGGUAAUGCCAGUAAAACUUGAGAUUUUUGGCGGUAAAAUUGGUGGAGAUUUGAAGCAAGUGUGGAGCAGCAGUAGACAAAACGAAACAAUCCUUUCACCUAACGAAAGUAAAAGACGUUAUUUUGUUAGCAGAACCAAAAUAAUCCAUGUUUUAGAUUAUUCUAGUGCAAUAAUGCUGCCAAAUUCUACCCUUCAAACGCCUAGGACUCCUUUCAAAAAUGACAAAAAAUGCGGAACGCCAUUUUCACUCAUUCAGUUAGUAACAAUAUUUACCUUGCUUAGAGUGAACAAAUAUGAAGCCAUUGGUGUGAAGGUGGAACAGUUAAAGAAUUAUUUUUCAUUGGGGGAAGUCUCGGGGCAAUACAGUAAUGUCGUCAAGGUGAUCCUACUAUUCCACCAGUUAAGAUGGUGUGAACAGAAUAUCAAGACUAAUAUCACAGAAUAUUUUGAAAAGUUCCCCCAUUUAUUGAACAAAGCAUUGACAAAUAACUUUAAUACUUGUACAUACACUUAA